GUCACUUGUCCUAUAUAAAUUCCUGGACAUCUACCCUCAACAUAGUAUUAUCCAGCUUCUCAUGCAAUCAACUCAUACAGUCAUGCGUUCCCUGUCAGUGAUGGUGGUGUUGGCCGUGAUGGCGGGUGUGUGUUAUGGUGGACUAAUUGGUGGUCUUGGAGGCUAUGGUGGACAUGGUGGCUAUGGGGGCCUUAGUGGUCUUGGAGGUCUUGGCGGUCUUGGCGGUCUUGGUGGUCUUGGCGGUCUUGGUGGUAUUAGCGGCCUUGGUGGACAUGGCGGCUAUGGUGGAUCACAAGGUUUCGGUGGCUUGGGCGGCUAUGGUGGAGGAUUUAAUGGAGGAUAUGGUAGCCAAGGUGGACACACGUUUAUUCUGAGCAAAAGUCACGGGAGUCAUGGAGCAUUUGGCCAGGGAGGAGAACUAGGAUUUGGUAAAGGUGGUGGAUUCAACGAAUUUGGUAAAGGUGGUGGAUUCGGCGGAUUCGGCAAAGGUGGUCUUGGCCUGGGUUACGGGAAGUAGUACUUCUGGCCUCAUCUUGUCCUGACCACGUCUGGCCUCACCUUGCCCUGACCACGUCUGGCCUCACCUUGUCCUGACCACGUCUGGCCUCACCUUGUCCUGACCACGUCUGGCCUCACCUUGCCCUGACCACGUCUGGCCUCACCUUGUCCUGACCACGUCUGGCCUCACCUUGUCCUGACCACGUCUGGCCUCACCUUGUCCUGACCACGUCUGGCCUCACCUUGUCCUGACCACGUCCUGCUGUCUUCCUCAGUCCUCUUCAUUAUUACUGGAAUAAACUACCUGAACACUGA